AUGGGUAGGGACACUAUUGCUGAUAUAAUAACUUCUAUACGAAAUGCUGACAUGAAUAGAAAAGGAACGGUUCGAAUAGUAUCUACUAACAUCACCGAAAACAUUGUUAAAAUACUUUUACGAGAAGGUUUCAUUGAAAAUGCGAGAAAACAUCAAGAAAGAGAUAAAACUUUUUUGGUUUUAACGCUGCGACAUAGAAGAAAUAAGAAAGGGGCUUAUAGAAAUACUUUCUAUUUAAAAAGGAUCAGUCGACCUGGUCUACGAAUCUAUUCUAACUAUCAACGAAUUCCUAGAAUUUUAGGUGGAAUGGGGAUUGCAAUUCUUUCUACCUCUCGAGGUAUAAUGACGGAUCGGGAAGCUCGACUAGAAGGAAUUGGCGGAGAAAUUUUAUGUUAUAUAUGGUAAUCCCUAGAAUAUUAAUAUCCGAAUUGGAUCCAAUAUUUCCUAUUUGGGAACAAAAAAAGAAAAAAAAAGGCUUGUCUAAUAUCACUCCUCUAUUAGUUGAUACUUUAAGGGGGUUUUAUCUGAAAUGAAAGAACAAAAUGGAUUCAUGAAGGUU